AUGGCCAGCCAGCAAGACUUGGCCAAGGCUGCAGAGUGGCAGGUGGGAGAAUAAUGCAUUUAACUGUCUUAGGCACAUGCAAAGUGUUUACAUGUAUCCCCUCUGAAAAAGUGCAUUAACCUUUCACAACUUCAGCCAGGAAAUUUGGGGAACAUUCCUGUGGGAUUUUGCCAAGACAGGCAGAGAAAAAAAGAAUAGCAUUUUUGUUUUGUAAUUUAUAAUAAUAAUAAUAAUAAUAAUAAUAAUAAUAAUAAUAAUAUCCGUUAUUAGGCAUAGCAAACCACACAUUAUCAAACAGACACAGUUUACAAUUUGUAUAAAAUGAGAGCUCAACAUAACAAGGUUUUACUAGUCAGAUCUUUAACUCCAGAGAAAAUCAAUUUGCAUAAAUAAUACAAUAUCACACUCCCGCAUCACCGAUCAGAUAAGAACCACUAAAUCUCUUUAUAAUGGCCCAGGCUUUCUACAUGGACAGCACUCAAAAAUUCAGCCACUAUUAAAGUAAUUUGAUCAUUCCUGUCUGAGAGCAGGUCCUGAACCUUCGUUUUGUAAUUUUAAAAAGUGUUGGUUUGGGCUGUAAGCCCAAGUAAACCCCACAGAGUUCUAGUUUAGGAUUGCAGUGUUAGCCUUACAUUGACCCUGGAACGUAAAUGCAAGGUUGCCACAUUUUCUUUCUGGCUGGGCAACUGUGCCUUUAGCGGUUGCAACACAAGACAGAAAGGCCACAUUUGCCGCUUUCCCCAGCAUGGCAAUACAGCAUGGAGGUCUUCAACAUCGUCCCCUUCUGAUCUUUCCAUCGGCUCAAGCAUUUCAGCUUGCCAGGCGGAAGGAUCUGCCCCAUGUCUCCCUCCCCCCACGUGCUGUUCUGGGUUCCCCGCUCCAGAACCAAUUGUGGAGGGGCACAGAGGGGGCCGGGGAAGCCCCGCUGCCCAAGCAGAAGUCCUUGCGCAGGCAGAUCUCUCAUGCGGGGUGGGAAACUCAGGCUUACUCAGAGCAGAGCCUCUGAAAUAAGUGGACCUUAGUCAUGUUCAUUAAUUUGAGUAGAUCUUCUCUAUGUUGAAUGUGAUUGAAUUCCACCCAAUGAAGUCAGCUGUGCUCAUUAAGUUCAAGGUGUCUCCUCUGAGUAGGACUAGCGUUGGAUGUGAUCCCACACCUGUAGGAACGCUUCCUGUCACGUGAUCUGACAGGUGCGUCUGUGGGUUGCAUCCAAAGCUAAUCCCAGCCCCUUUCCAGGGCCGCUUCAAGAUUAUUAUUCUUCCUGUCAUGUGGCUGUUAAAGGUCCAGAAGCACGUGUGUGUUUGCGUGUGCAGUUUUGCCAACCCUAUGCAGUAUUCACAAUUACAUAGCUUGCUCAUGAGAGCCAAUGAGCUUUAUUUGCUCCCCCCAAACCACUGCUAGUUGAAUUAAACCUGGAACGGAAUAAGAUUAAGGGGUGCAGAGUGCGUCUCUUUUACCUACCACUUGCUCUUUGUAGUUGUUUCGCUCUGUUCCGAGUAUUACCACCCUCACUGAUUCAGGAACCGUUGCAGGAUGCGUGCGUGGAUUCCGUGGAUGCAGAGGAGGUACCAUCAGACGUUGCUCAAGGACGGAUCUACAAAGACAGAGAUGGGGAGAUCAGUUUGCUAGGUAAGGAUUCACCAGAGCGACUAACAUCGCAGUCCUAACCGUGUCUGCUCAGAAGUAAGUUGGGGCUUACUCCAAGGAAGAGAUGGGGACCUAAGAGUUUUGCACCUUUUGUGUGAGCGGUAUAAUUUGGACAACUAGGUGUAACAGAAGUCUCUUGUGCCUUUAAGCUGUCUGGUGAUGAGAUUUUGGCAGGUGAGAUUUGUCACGCAGGGAGGAGAUGAUGAAACACUGCACCCGUUGAAUAUCCCUAUUCUACACAACAGCGCGAGGUCGCUUCAGAGGUGCCAAAACUAGCAUCAUGCCAAAAUAAUUUGUUGUAUGCUCAGGCGAAGCAACCACAAAGUACCAAAUAACUGCAUAUGCAAGUCUAGCCCAGAUUUUCCAGAUCUUCUAGUCAAUUUUCCUUUGAUUGUGACUUGAUCUAGUACUAGAAUUUGGAGGACAGAUCCUCUGUAGGAUGCUCUAGCUAGGCAUGAUGUGAACUGCUGGCAUCCAGUUAUAGAGUUGUACAGUUGGAAGGGACCCAGGGGUCAUCUAGUCCAACCCCCCGCAAUGCAGGAAUCUCAACUAAAACAUCCAUGACGGGUGGCUAUCCAUCCUCUGCCUUAAAACCUCCAAGGGAAGGGGUGGCCAGGUUUCCCUUCUGAAAUUGUCCUUUCCAUCCUUUGCAGGUGGCAACAUCAAAAGCUCAAGUAAUUCCAGUUUGUUGCUUCCUCCUGAAGGACGGGAGAUGGCUGAAGUUGUCCUGAGUGAGGUGAGCUUUGGAGACCACAGCAAUGCUUCCCCAGGCCGGGGUCUCAGUGUGCAAGUAGAGGAGGUAAAAGUCUCGCUUUUACCCCAGUUUGCUGAUUUCCCUCUUGUUCUGCCUCAGGUUAUUUCCGCCCUAGUAGGGCUAAUUUUAGAGCCCAGCUAAAGAAGCAGCAGCAACUGAGCAAACUGCCCACACAAAAAAUAGUAACCUGCCUGUUGUUAGUUGUUUAUAGCAUGCUGGUUUCAUUUUAAGAAUCAAAAAAUAAACUCCCAGUUUUUGACACUUCCUUGCCUUGUCCACCUGCAGAUGGUGUUUGUUCUCCAUAGGUUACUAUGGCUAUUUAUGUUCCCAGAAUGUAUUCAUCAUCCUUUUCUGUGUUCUAAGUCACAGUGCAGAAUUUUGUAUUUUUACAACUGGAUUGAUCGGGACGCAGGUGGUGCUGUGGGUUAAACCACAGAGCCUAGGACUUGCCAAUCAGAAGGUCGGCGGUUCGAAUCCCCGCGAUGGGGUGAGCUGAGCUCUCGUUGCUCGGUCCCAGCUCCUGCCAACCUAGCAGUUUCGAGAGCACGUCAAAGUGCAAGUAGAUAAAUAGGUACCACUCUGGCGGGAAGGUAAACGGCAUUUCCAUGUGCUGCUCUGGUUUGCCAGAAGUGACUUAAUCAUGCUGGCCACAUGACCCAGAAGCUGUACGCCAGCUCCCUUGGCCAAUAAAGCGAGAUGAGCGCCGCAACCCCAGAGUUGGUCAUGACUGGACCUAAUGGUCAGGGGUCCCUUUACCUUUACAACUGGAUUGAGAGCUGAAACUCUUAUUUAACGGGUUGGUUUGUUUGUUUGUGGGGGGAAAGGACAUUAGCAUCAUUCUGUGCAUUUGCAUUGUUUCUUAUGCAAAAGCAUCUGAUGGUGGUGUUGGGGUGUUUUAUGUUUCCAGGGACUGCCAAAUUCCAAGGAGACAGGCGUGCCUUUGCCCAUGUUUGAAAGGACUCCAACACAGCCAGGCCAACAGACUAUGUUCUGGCAAGUCCUGCCAGAGGACAAUGGAAAUGUCCUGUCUUUUGGUAAGGGUCGCUCAAGUCCAGUAAACAACUUGCCAUUUUUGGAAUUCGAAAGAGGAAGAAAGAGCCUUUUCCCCAAUUCUAUGUACUGCAGUACAAGUCAUAAAUACAAAAACAUUAGGAAUAACAGUAAGAGCUGUUUGACAGUGGAGCAGUCUCCCUCGGGAGGUGGUGGGCUCAACUUGCAGCUUUUUUAAGCACAGACUGGAUAAUAAUAAUAAUAAUAAUAAUAAUAAUAAUAAUAAUAAAUUAUUAUUAUUAUUAUUAUUAUUAUUUGUACCCUGUCCAUCUGGCUGGGUUUCUCCAGCCACUCUGGGCAGCUUCCAACAAAGAUUAAAAAUACAUUAAAAUGUCACACAUUAAAAACUUCCCUGAACAGGGCUGCCUUCAGAUGUCUUCUAAAUGUCAGGUAGUUGUUUAUCUCUUUGACAUCUGAUGGGAGGGCGUUCCACAGGGCGGGCGCCACUACCGAGAAGGCCCUCUGCCUGGUUCCUUGUAGCUUUGCUUCUCGCAAUGAGGGAACCGCUGGAAGGCCCUCGGCGUUGGACCUCAGCAUCAGGGCAGAACGAUGGGGGUGAAGACGCUCCUUCAGGUAUACUGGGCCAAGGCCAUUUAGGGCUUUAAAGAUCAACACCAACACUUUGAAUUGUGCUCGGAAACGUACUGGGAGCCAAUGUAGGUCUUUCCUUGAAUGACUGAGAAUUGCUUUUUCUGAGGGUGUUGAAAACUCUUGGGAAACCAGAGGCCUUGGUUUGCUUCAGAUAGCACAAUUUCCGGGACUUGAGUGUGAGAUGUCCCUUUUGCCCCUUCAAAACAGGAGCCAUUGUGUGAGACAUGCCCGAUAGCAUUCAGUGCCCCAUAUUCCUUCCGUGCAGGAUUAGCUGAAGCAGUUUCUGUACAAAUAGAACAAAAUAGCCAUAUUUAUUCCCUUUAUUUAGAGAGGCCACAAACCAGCCUGGGUUAAGUGAACAAUCCGCACAGCCUGGGAUGUAAGGAGAGGGGUUGAUAUCUGGCUGGAGGUAGGGAGGGAGAGAGAAAUAAAGCUUGAGCUUAGCAGAUAUAUUUCAGUGAUGCGGAAGGGCAAACGGUGACGAGAGGAAGGAGGUUGCAGGCUUCUAGAAAAGACCAGAGCAUGGACAAAACCCCUCUCUCUGCUCUCUUCAGGUGAACAAAAGAGAUGCUGGAUCAAGAGGGAAACAUCUCAGCGGGGAGAGACUUUGCCAGAGGACAUACACAGGGCAUGCGCAGAAGUACCUCAGUGGGAUUUUCCUCUGACGUCUGAAACUCACGAGCAGCCAUGUGAGGGGAAAGGGCGACAGAAGAAGCCAGUGGAGAGAGAGGGAGAACGCAGCGAGCGCACAGAAGUUAUUCCAGGUGUUGUUAUCCUGACCUCCUCAGGGCCCAUAGAGGGGGAGAAGCUUCCAUUUUCUGGGUACGGGAGGAAACACAAUGACAAGUCAGGGCUUGUUGUGAGUCACCCUGGGGAGGACCCCAGCGAACGUCCUCCGUGGGGCAAAGUAAGCCAGACAAAGCGUUGCUUCUGUAAACCUCAGGGGAUGCUUACAGGAGGGAAACAACAUGCACCUGCCGAGUGUGGAAGAAACUCUCUUGUUGGCCACCAGAAUAUUUGCACAGAAGAGGAACCCAAGGAAAGUCUUGAGGGUGGCCAAAGUUUCAGAUGCAGGCUGCAGAAUCAUCAGGACGUUCCUUCAGGAAGGAAGAAUCAUGAAUGUUCCACAUGUAGGAAAAGCUUCACUUCCAGAGCAGGUUUAACAAGGCACCAGAGGAUUCAUACUGGAGAGAAACCCUACAGGUGCCUUGAUUGUGGGAAAAGCUUCAGCCGGGGAGAAAACCUGUGCAGACACCGGAGGGUCCACACUAGAGAGAAACCGUACAAAUGUUCUCACUGCAGGAAAUGUUUCGGUCAGAGGGGGGACUUGAAGAUUCAUCAGAGGAUCCAUACCGGAGAGAAACCGUACAAAUGUCCCGAGUGCGAUAAGAGCUUCAGGCGGCGCCAGCACCUGAUGGGCCAUCAGAGGACCCAUAGCAGAGAGUAA